GCCCUUUGCAAUCGCCUCUUGACAUCCCAGCGGUGCCUGCUGCGAGUCCGGAUUUGAUUCUUCGUCCUGCUCCCCAGGCGGAAGAGGAGGGCUUUGGUUGGGUUUUUUUUUUAAAAUAAAUAAAUAAAUGCGGAAGUGACUGAGUCAGGCGGCGGCAAAGGGACAGCGAGCGGAGGAGGACGCCGGUGAUCGUCAAUGGCCCAAGGAAAGCAGAAGUUCCAGGCGCGCAAGCCGGCCUCUGGGGGGAAGAAAGCGGCUGCGGCUGCGGCUCGAGGGCUUCGCAAGGGAGGUCGAGUGAUUGCUCCUAAGAAGGCUCGUGUGAUUCAGCAGCAGAAGCUGAAAAAGAACCUGGAGGUUGGCAUCCGGAAGAAAAUUGAGCACGAGGCGGUGAUGAAGGCCAGUGCUAAGCUGCCCAAGAAACUGAGUGUGCUGAAGGCACCAAAGGUGGAAACCAAGAAGGAGGCAGGCCACUCCAGCAAGGCAUAGUUAUACUUUUUGUGUAUGUGUGGCACUGCCAUCCACUCCUGGACAAUUAUACCCAUGGAGGCCUUUUUGUAGUGGAGUUGGCUGCUCCUAUAGAAUGCAGCCGUUUUCCAGCUGGUGAAGGCAAAACAGUUCCUUUCGCAUACAAAUACUUGUGCUGCUACCAGUGUUUCCUCUCACUGGGAUUCCUAGAGGUUGGUGACUACAACUCCCAUAUUCCCCAGCCAAAGGCCACUGCAGCUGUGGAUUAGUAGUCAACAACAUUUGGGAAUCUCUCUUACAUGGAAUACUGGCUGCUACUGUACCCAUUGAGAUAUAGGGCGCCUGGAGAAGAGCUUCCUUUUUCAAAUCUGCCAUGCAUAGUGCUAUUUCAGCAGUUUCCCUAUAUCAUUAAUGCUGCUGACAUCAUUGCCUCUUGGUAUUCCAGCAACACCAAAUUAAUGGAAUCAGACUAAAGCUGAGAAGGUGACUGAUUUGGAAUUGUGUCAGCCUGGCAUUUCUGCCUAAUGUGUGUGGUUUGGAUUUCAUGUUUCCAUAGGAACCUACAUAUGUAAAGUCUACCACACACAGGACUUUAUUCACAUGAUGUGUGCAACACAGAAUCGGGCUGUGCAGAUGGGGUGGAUAGAGCCCGUAUGCAUCGGGCUUACAUUUGUAGAUUCCUAUGCAAGUUGGUUGCAUGGACCUUGGGCAGGAGUGAGUACGCCAAAGUUACAUUACUUGAAUGUCUGCGUGAGAUGAUUCAACCCUGAAUCAAGAAGGAAGAACAGCCUAGGCCUGGGGUGUAAUGAAUCCUGGAAACCAGUUUAGUGUUCUCAUGUUUAUGUUGUCAUUUAUCUUGAAUAAAGGGCCCCCUUGCCUCUGUAUGCUGCUUCCUGAUGCCCUGCUAACCAGUGUUGCCUGUAACAGGAAUUCCCAGAUGUUGACAACUCAUCAUCCCCAGCUGCAGUGGCCUUUGGUUGGGGAUUAUAAGAGAUGUAGUAUAGUCAACAUCUGGGAAUCCCUGGUACAGGAAAACACUGCUGCUAACAUUGUGCCUCUUUAUCUUUAUCCUUGUGGCAAAGCUUCAAUCAGUAUUGUCCCUUGUACUGAUAGUAAUUGGAAUCAGAUUUACUCAGGAGAGCAGAUCUUCCUUCUAUAUAUUAUGCCAUAUGCCAUAAAGAUAAAGUCUGCCGUCGAGUCGAUGUCAACUCCUGGCGACCCAAAGGUACCCUGGGGAAUAACCUCAAAUUGAGGAAUGUUUUUCAAUCAUUAAUGUCAUCCCUGGAGUCAUUUUUUAAAGUUCAAUUCUUGUUCCUAUAAUCACUGCAAAUGUUUUAUAACUCAGCAUCUUCAUACUACACUUAAUAAAUGUAUUACCUCAGUGAUAUAUUCAUGACAGGUUACAUUUUUUUCUGCAGUUCUAUCACUUGUACAACUUUGUUACAUGUUUAAAUAAACUCUUCAGUGGUUUAACUUUUAA